AUGCAUCGAAUGAUAAGUCGAAGUUAUCGAAAAUGGCCUCUGAAAGAAAUCGGAAAUCGUAUGAAAGAUUAUGAACGACAGAUGGAAUGGCAAGUACAGGCCAACCAAUAUUACAUCAUUCGUUUAGAUGGUCAUGCUUUUACUAAAUAUUGCCAAGGCUUAACUAAACCGUUUGAUCAUCGCAUCUAUCUGGCGUUGUUGCAUACAGCUGCCGACCUCCUAAACAAAUUUGGCUCGAGAUCGGCAUUCUGCUUCAGUGAUGAAAUUUCCUUGGUGUUUGCACCGACUGAACCAUCCCAACGCUCCGAUAGAGAAGGAGGCGAAGAAGGAAUUAUACACUAUCAAGGUCGUACGAUGAAAUUGUGCUCUUUAACUGCUGGUAUGGCCUCUUCCCGUUUUAACUAUUAUAUGAAUAUGCAGCAAUUCAAUGACACGAUGGGUGCCCUGACAUUAGCUAGGAUUCAAAGUCACCCAGCAAUCUUUGAUUCGCGCCUGUUUUGCUUACCAAAUGCUGAUGAAGUUGUCAAAAACAUUUAUUGGAGAGCUCAUGAUUGCUUAAGAAAUUCUAAAAUCUCAUUUGCUCAACAUCAUGUAUCAAGACAGUCAUUACACCGUGUCAAAGCAUCUGAGGCUAUUAAAUUAGUCAAAGACAAGAAAGGCAUCAACUACUCGCUUGAUACUCCGGAUUGGUUUCGGUAUGGCACUUUAAUCAAGAAAAUUUUGGUUGAUCAUGAAGGUAUAAACGGAAAAACUGGAGAACCUGUCAAAGUAAAACGCUCGAGAAUAGCAUACGGUAGCAUUAACUUUACGUCAAAUCUCGCUAGUAAUAUAGAAGAGAUAUUACUAGCUAAGCAUGCACCUACCGAGACCAAAUUACAAUUGCUAAAGCCGACAUUAAGUCCGUGA